AUGAGGACAGCUAUUUGGAAAUGGCACAGAGGCAUUUACAGAGAUCAUUAUGUCCUUGCGUCUCUUACCUUCCUCAGCCCUACGCAGAGAGCUGGGACUUCUAACCAAUGGAACUUGGGAAAGGUGAUGAGACGUGACUCCGGUGAUGAGGUUACCUUACACAAGACUUGGCCAACUGAGACCAGAUCUCCUUACAGGCUUGAAGAAGUAAGCAGCCAUGUUGGAAAAGCCCUCAUGGCAAGGAAGUAUCUGGCCUCUAAGGACUGCAGGCAGCCUCUGGAACGAAUGUGGACCUGCAACUACAACCAGCAAAAAGACCAGUCAUGCAACCACAAGGAAAUAACUUCUACCAAAGCUGAAUGAGUUUGGAAGCAGCCAAUCCUUCUGACGACAAUGU